AGCUCCUUUCCUUCCCCUCUUCUUGUUCUUUUCCGUCUCUCUCUCUCUCAUUCUCUUCCAAGAGCACUUCUGCAAAUCGCUGGUUUUGUAAAAUUCCAACCGUCUGAUCUUGAAUCCGACCGUAUUUUCACCGUGAAAGCGGCCCCGAUCUACAAGGAGCUUUAUUAUCUGUUUGAAUGGCCAACAGAGUUCAAAUUCCAACAAGAAACUCUGCACUCAUUGCUAUGAUUGCCGAUGAGGACACUGUAACUGGAUUUCUACUUGCUGGAGUUGGCAAUGUGGACUUGCGAAGGAAGACAAAUUACCUUAUUGUGGACUCAAAAACAACAAUGAAACAAAUUGAGGAUGCAUUCAAAGAGUUCACAGCGAGAGAGGACAUUGCAAUAGUGUUAAUCAGUCAAUAUGUUGCAAACAUGAUAAGGUUCUUAGUAGAUAGCUACAACAAAGCGAUUCCUGCAAUUUUGGAGAUCCCAUCAAAGGACCAUCCUUACGAUCCCACACACGAUUCAGUACUUUCACGAGUGAAGUACCUCUUCUCAGCUGAGUCAGUGGCGUCUGGGAGGCGUUAACUUACCACCACCGGAAGCUGUUAAGAGUUGUGCCCUGAACCAUUUGAUGUAGUAGUUUGCGCUGGAGUUGCUCCUUGUCUUCGGAUUAUUAUAUAUAUUGUGUCAUAUGCACAAUAAGCAAUGUUUAUGAAAAAUAAACAGAGAACUGAAGGAAAGUUCGUAUAUCUGCGUUUUCAUUUGAAAACAGCCAAGAGGAGAGGGCUGUUUCUGUUGAUUGCUACCUUCACUUUUUAUGUAUUCGGCAUUUCCAGUUA